CUCAAUGGGCUCCCACUGAAUUCCAUCUUCCAGUUUGAGGAGCAUAUCUUGCACAUCCCUAUCCUGCUCUCUUUUCCCAUCCUUCCCCAAUUCCUGAACCCUUCCAUUGUCUUCUGGUAUUAAUAGUACAUUAUCGCUCUCUUUGUGCCUUCCUCGCCCUCCCCACCAACAUCAUGCUCCAGUUCCUGCUUGGAUUUACUUUUGGCAAUGUGGUUGGAACGUAUAUGGCUCAGAACUAUGAUUUACCAAACCUGGCCAAAAAACUUGAAGAUACCAAAAAGGACUUGGAUGCCAAGAAGAAACCCCCUAACUACAGCUGUCUUUGGAUACACUGAUUCUACUAUCCUUGAAGGCCUUCUUUACCAUCUGAACCAAAAGCUUUUGUUUUAAACACCAGCCUCAGCAGCAGUUUUCUUCUUUGCUAAACCCUGAGUUGUCUUAGAGUAAAAAUGAGGCCAUGAGUUAAGAACUACCCUUACUUUUCCAACGUGCUCGCCUCUUCCCAUCCUUCUUCCAGCUGCUAGGGAGAUUCUAAGACUGGAAUUAUGGUGCUAAAUUAGUAAACAUGUCCUUUAAUUAGUAGUCUUUUCUUUAUUCUUUGGGAUUUCUGCUACCUGUUUUCAAGAGAAAAAUUGAUGAGUUUUGUAUGGCUGAUCAGAUAUAAAUAAUGCUAAUUUCACAAUUACAACAGUUACAAUGGGUACCUGUUAAGCAUUUGGUACUUAAAUUAUGUUGUU